CCUCCUAGGGAGAGCAGAGCUGGAGUGAGCCGAAGGAGCGUCCGGGAAACCGGGAGCUCUGGAGGCGUCCCAACUGUUGUGUGUUUGUGUUUGUGUGUACUCAUUUGUAGGGAGGCGCCUGUUCGCAAGUGUUUGUCUACGCCCGGGAGCCUGGUGCUAGCGGCUGGCAGGCGGCGACGGGAGCCCCGGGGUGCUGAGAAGUUCGCGGCGAAGAGGUAAACGCGAGGGUCAGCCUGCGGUUGUUGUUGGCGGAGGCGGCGGAGGCGACAACAGCAGUAGCAGCAGUAGCAGUAGAAGCAGCGGCAGCAGCAGCAGCAGCAGCAGCAGAAGCUGAGGCGGCGGCCGAAAGUUGCCGCAGUUUCUGGGACCUUAGACUCUCCCCCCCCCCACCCCCAGCUCCCACUGAUCAUUCCUUUCUCUUCCCUUCCCGCCUCGCGAGGGUCCAGAAAGCAAACUGGCGCACCUCCUCCCAGCCCCUGCCAUGUAUAGCCUACUGGACAGUGAGAUGAAAAGCGCCGUAGUACCUGGGGCUCCGGCGGGAGCGGGCAGCACCGCUACCCCCGGGGGCACAGGCAAGAGCGCCGGGAACGCGGGAGGCGGGGGAGGCGGCGCCGGCAGUGGCGGCGGCGGCGGCGGCGGCGGCAGCAGCAGCGACCAAGACCGAGUAAAGCGCCCCAUGAACGCCUUCAUGGUGUGGUCUCGGGGUCAGAGGCGCAAGAUGGCCCUGGAGAACCCCAAGAUGCACAACUCCGAGAUCAGCAAGCGGCUGGGCGCCGACUGGAAGCUGCUGACAGACGCCGAGAAGCGGCCCUUCAUCGACGAGGCCAAGAGACUCCGCGCGGUGCACAUGAAAGAGUACCCAGACUACAAGUACCGGCCCCGUCGGAAGACCAAGACACUGCUGAAGAAGGAUAAGUACUCCCUGCCCAGCAACCUGCUCCCCCCCGGGACGGCGGCCGUCAACAGCCCUGUCGGGGUGGGCCAGAGGCUGGACACGUACGCGCACAUGAACGGCUGGGCGAACGGGGCGUACUCGCUGAUGCCCGAGCAGCUAAGCUACACUCAGCACCCGGGCAUGAACAGCCCCCAGCUGCAGCAGAUGCACCGCUACGACAUGGCCGGCCUGCAGUACAGCCCCAUGAUGCCGGCUGCCCAGACCUACAUGAACGCCGCCGCCGCCGCCGCCGCCGCCUCCACCUACGGCAGCAUGUCGCCGGCCGCCGCCGCCGCCGCCUACGGCCAGCAGCCCGGCGCCGCCGCCGCCGCGGCCGCCGCCAUGAGCCUGGGCUCCAUGGGCUCCGUGGUGAAGUCCGAGCCCAGCUCGCCGCCGCCGCCGGCCAUCAGCGCCCACUCGCAGAGGGCCUGUCUGGGCGACCUGAGGGAUAUGAUCAGCAUGUACCUCCCGCCGGGGGGAGACGCCACAGACGCUUCGUCCCUGCAGGGCAGCCGUUUGCACAGCGUUCACCAACACUACCAAAGUGCCGGGACUGCGGUGAACGGCACCGUGCCACUGACUCAUAUCUGAGCCACCCGACCUGCCCAAACCAAACCAGACGCCGAGCCAGCAACCAUCCCUUAUGCCCUGCUCUUCACCUCCUCUCCCGCUGCAGCCUUGCCUUCCCGAUCAGCUUUCUCUGAAGUCGGGACUGCCUCUAGCUUUGCGUGCGUGGUUGAAACUUUGAACUACCCACUGACUCGGGGAACAAACGAACAUAAGAUUCCUUUUCUAGUGCACAGCUUUCCUUGACUGCUGCCCCUCUCCUCUCCCCCUUUCGAUGUGUGCUGGGCAUUUCUGUGAUGUUUGGAAAACAGAGAAGGUCUCCCGCCCCUGCCCCUGCCCCUGCCCCUGCCCCUGCCCCUGCCUAGGUUAUCUGAUUAUUAUUGUAGGUCGAGUUCUUUGUGUUUAAUUAAAUAUCUUGUACUGUCAGCUUUUGUUUUAGAGAUGAGAUAAGUUGGGGAAGCCGGGGGGGGGAACCCAUUCGGACUGUUGACGCUUGUUUGAGUAGUUGUCGCUUCGCCUAGGCUCGUUUGGGGUUGUAUCCCAAACACUUUGUUUUAGUGUCCUCGCUCCCCUUUUCCUCGCCUUGAAAAAAAAGCUCCAGGUGGCAAAGGCAAGCUUCUAAUUUAUAGUGAGUUGUGUGUUCUGUCCUCAUCGUGCUCUUGGGUUUGUAAGCUUCUGGAAAAGUGGGGUGGCAGUUUUCGAUGGACGCUGAGUUCGUGGCUUCGACAAACAAAACCAUCAGGAGCAGCAGCAAAUGGGUUAGGGUUUCUGGGGGGGCGGGGGGAUUUGUGUGAGCUUUUUAAGAGACUUUCCCUGAUCUCCCGAAAGGGAGAGCUCAAUAAAUUUUAGAAC